AUGUGCAGCAGCAGUCUAUGCCUGCCGGAGGGAGUUCCUGACGCGGAACGUGUGGAAAUCCUGAACGCAGCAGGCGAGAGCAUUCCCAUUAGGUUAAUGGUUUUCAAUUGGAACGCAGCAGAGCUUCUUUCGACCAUUGCCAAGCUCUUGAUCGAAGAGGCUUUGGGUUUCCGUGCAGUCUUUGAUGAUUACCGCCCAGAGGCAAAUAUGGAGGUGGUACUGGGUCUGUCCGGCUGUUUGGACCGUGACUGCAACAACAUGCAGAUGAGUAACAAGCAUGUGGCACUUGAUGUGUGGUUGGGUUCAGCGGGCGCUGAUGUUGAGCUCUUCAUGCAGAAGCAUGCGAGCCAAGCUCCCCAAGAUCUCGGCUCCAUUGGUUAUGCAGGCGAGGAGGCUCUCUGUGUUGCGGAGACACUCUUAGAUGAAGCCUACGAGGUUUCCGGUUUCUCCUUGGACUACUACCGCUCUUACAACACAUCCCAUUACAAUGCCAAGCAGCACUUCGAUAUGUGGACCGAUGUGCCGCCUGAGGACCUGUUCCUGUGCAAUGAGACUGGCGUCAUUUGGACGGAUACUACCUACAUGGGGGAGUAUGGUCGGUGGUCAGGCGACCUGGAAGGGCUCGUGGCAGUGGAUGGCGGAUACCAUGCUCGCUGCCCAGAAGGUCGCUUUUGGAUUGCACCUGCUUGUCGCCACAACUCACUGGAAUGCAUACCUAUCAUCUCCACACAGUGGGGGUGGAUGGUGGAUGCCUACAUGGCAUGGUCCUCUGCCUAUGGGCUUCCAACUGCCAUCGGCAUUGCACGCACCAUUCCGCUCUGGGCCAAGAGCUUCGGAAGCCUUCGUGUCCUGGCCUACUGGUACAGACCCGAUCCGAGCCUGGCGCCCUGGAACCCUCAGCCAAUUGUUUUUCCCCGCCAUCGAGCUGGCGAGUGGGCGGAAGGAAACAAGCGAACCGCGGGUAUUGGCACCUACAUUGGCAAGCUGGUGAGCCGGGAUUUGCGAUCACAAGCUUCCAAAGUGCACGGGCUCUUGGGAAACAUGAAGAUGGAGCUUACAGAGAUGGAAGUUCUGUUGGUUGAGGCAGAAAGCGGGUCCAUGCGUGAAGCGGCGUGCAGCUGGAUAGCUGCCAACAGACAACGGUGGCGAAGUUGGCUACCUAAAGAUACCAGCUGCAUUCCAGGUUUUGGACUGGUCAACGCGAGUGGGUCUUACAUGGCUUCGCGAAGCGACGCCGUGGCCUGCAGUAUUUGUCCAUCUGGCAAAUUUUCCAAGUCGCUAAUUGACGAGUCCGGACAGACCUUCACUUGCACAUCAUGCAGCGCAGGCACUUCUCGGGGCCAAGCUGGAGAGACCUACUGCACAGACUGUGAGCCUGGCACGGUUGCUACAACCAACGGCCUCUCUGCAUGCCAGCUCUGUCCAUUUGGAAGUUAUGCAAAUGUUUCGAGGAUGACGACUUGCUAUGAAUGCGGCGUUGGCAUCCAGUGGACGACCUCUCGCCUUGGAGAGCUGCACGGUGAGGAAGUGUGGAUCGAAGUGGAAGGGGCUCCCUCAGAAAGCUUCUGCCACUGCAGACCGGGAUGGUUCCUGCACAAAGGCACCUGCUUGCAGUGCGUAGAAGGAGCAGUGUGUCCAGGUUCCAGCACAUUAACGCUACUUCCUGGAUUCUUCUCGAGCGAAGACCAGCCAAGUUCCAUCUUCAGAUGCCAUGGCAACGAAGGGCGGUGUCCGGGUGGCGUGCCUGGUACCUGUGCACCAGGACGCGACGUGGCCAGUGUGGCCUGCAGCACCUGCCUUCCCGGCCUCCAUGGAAAUGGUGCUGGCUGCAAGCCCUGCGAAGGCCUCGACUACCUUCUCUUCGCGUUUAUUGCCUGCCUCGUGUUGGUGGGCACCGGCUUGCUGCACCUCCUGCUGCUCCACUGGGACAGCCAGAAUCGCCGCAAGGAACAUACUAAUUCGUCCUUGCUUCUCGCGGGCAUCUACACAACACAGCUGGUCAGCUGCCUGCAGCUCCUGGUCAUGCUGCAAGGCAUUGACAUUGUUUGGGGUGAGCCUUUUGUUUCGCUGUUGAGAGCCAUCAGUAUUUUGUCUCUGGAGGACAUCUUCCGCUUGGUUAAUGCUGUGUCAUGUGCAACGCCUCCCACACCAACUGUGGUUUUCCUGGUCCAGACGGUCGGGAUGCCAGCAUGCUUCAUGGUAGGUCCUGUCGUAAUUCAUUUGGCUCGCAUCGUCUGCUUGCGGAAUCGGAGGCACAAGACAUUGCAGCGGCAUGUCCUGUUUCAAACUAUUGGAACACUUUCUGUGCUAUUCUUUAUUCUGCUUUGCAACGCUGUGGUGAAGCCCUUCCAGUGCCACAAGCAUCCCAAUGGCCUGUUUACAAUGCAGUCUGCAAUUGGCGCUCUGUGCGACUUUACUGGGGAUCACUUUGAUCUCUGUGUUCUCGGCAGUGUCCUCGUAGUGCUGCCAUCAGGGUUCAUCGCCCUUUGCUCUUGGCUGAUAUUGGUGGAAUUCCCGAGGCGCCUCCGGUCCUCAGACUUAGAGUUCAUCCGAAUGUGUUCCUUCCUCAUCAGGCGCUUCCGACCAGGCUGCGAGAGCUUUGGGAUCUUCCUUCUGGUUCGAAAUGCCCUCUUUGCAAUUGCUCCGGCCCUUCCCUCGGCAAAUGCCAGCCUGCUGUUGAUUCACGUGGUCUUAGGCUUGCAUAUAGUGCUGCUGGCUUUGUUGAAGCCCUGGCGUUCCCCUCAUGCAUCAUUUGCUGACAUUUUGUGUUCCUCAGUUUUUCUGGUCAUCCUCUUCCAGGGUGGCCUAUUCGUUACGUAUGUGGAUACAGUAUCUUCAAUGGUACUGUGCAGCCUCCUGCUGGUCGCUGUGCUUGUCUGCCUAGUCAUUGUUGCCAGUAUUGCGCUGGCGCAGCACGCGUUUGCGGGGAUGACCAAAAGGUUCCAUUUCUUCCUGUGCCAUCACAAGCAAAUGUCAGGAAGUCUGGCACGAUUGUUGAAGAUGGAGAUGCAGCUGCGGGGUUCCGAUGUCUUCCUUGAUGCAGACGAUUUGACAGAUCUCACACAGCUCUUGCCCGUUGUGGCGGAGCAUGUGGACACGAUGCUGAUAGUUGCAACAAACCGGCUGAUUGCCCGAAAAUGGUGCCUGGCGGAGAUUGUGACAGCUCGCAUGAACAACGUGUCCACGGUGCUGCUGACGCUUCCCGACUUCUUUCCGCCUUCCGAUCACUUUAUCAAGGCCUUCGAGACCAGCACGACGGAUAUGUCUGACCUUGCAGUUCAUGGCUUCAGCAUGGCUGACAUAGGGGACACGCUGAGGUGGCUGAGAACCGUGAAGCAUUUGGCUUUGCCGUCUCCAUACGCAUUGAUGGCAGAGAUGGAUGAGAUCAUGAAUCAGCUGGUGCCAGCCAGCAAGAUGCACCCGACCAGCGCUGCUGAAUCGGAUUGCAAGAUCUUGGCCAACCAGGAUGAUGUGGAAGCAAUCGCAACUGCACAUGUGCUGCGUCAUGUACUUUACCCCCACACUCUGCAUCUGUUUGGCAUUUUGCCUGUGGUGCUUCAAGCAACGGACAAUGUCAACAUGCAGCACUCCAAUAUGCUACUCAUGGUUUGCACGCCGGACUGCCUCACAGCCUCUUGCAUGGUGAAGUGGAUCUUGCAGGCCUGGCAUGCGGCUUCUGCGUGCCGUAUUUUGCCCAUUCUGGGAGACGAGCAGUUCAUCAUUCCGACAUCGUCGGCGGCCUUUGAAAAGCUUGGCCAGCACCCGGACAUCAAGGACCAUCCAAAUGCGUCCCAGUACCUCAAGGUUCUUGCGGCCUUGUUCAUGCAGAUCGCGGUGUACUUCUGGCCAAAGUCUUAUUCAGAGUCUGCCUUGGGCUUAAAGGCCAAGCAGGUCGCCCACAGGCUAGAGGAGGAGCGCACGACAAGCUUGAGCCUGCUUCUGGCCAUGUCAUGGUUCACUUCACAACAGUCGAUCAAAUUGGAUGCAUCCGACGAGCUUGAGGAGGCUGAAAGGGAAAUGGCCAAGGAUCAUGAGACAAGUUCGAAUGAGAAUCGGGCAGAGCAGGAUGAGUGCCCAAACCAGGAGCUGCCUACAUACGUGGCUGAGGCUCUGCAGGAGGACAUGAUCGAAGAGAUGAUCUCCUGA